AUUAUUGUGUUAACAGCUAAUAAAUUGGUUCUCACUCGUUAUAGUCGUUACGUGGCUUUUCGGUUUGCUCCACUAUAUUUGAGGGAGUAUGUAUGAAAACUAAAAAAUAAAUCAUCACAGGUAUGUCCACAGCAGAGACGUCAUGUCUUGGAUCCGUGACAACUCGAUGACAUGGCCGCAACGCUUUUGGGGACACGUCUUGACGUACGGGCCGAUGCCGAAGCACGUAGCGUUCAUAAUGGACGGCAACAGACGUUAUGCAAGAAAGAAAAACGUGGACAACAGCGAGGGACAUUCGAAAGGGUUCGAUAAACUAUCUGAAACUUUACAAUGGUGUUUGAAUUUGGGCAUCAAAGAAGUUACUGUGUACGCAUUCAGUUUAGAAAACUUCAAGAGAACGCAAGAGGAAAUCGAAGCACUAUUUGAUCUUACCAGAGAAAAGUUCAAGAAACUCUUACAAGAAAAAGAUAAACUAAAUGAACACGGAGUGUGCGUAAAAAUUAUUGGGAAUUUAUCGAAAUUGCCCGACGACUUGACCAAACUUAUGGCUGAAUCCAUGUUUGUCACCAGACACAACACUCAAGCGAUCCUGAACGUUGCUUUUGGUUACACAGGUCACGACGAAUUAACCAACGCUCUGAAUCAUAUAGCCAACGGCGUCAAGGAAAACUGUUUGGACUUCUCCGAUCUAAGCGUCAACAUAAUCGAUAAGUGUUUGUAUACGUAUCCUUCGCCGCCGCCAGAUUUGUUGAUACGCACUUCAGGAGAAACCAGACUUAGUGACUUUAUGAUAUGGCAGUGUUCGUACAGUUAUAUUUAUUUCACACAAGUACUUUGGCCGGACUUCACGGCGUGGGACUUUCUAGCCGCCGUGUUUAUGUACCAAAGAAACGCACAUUUGUUUGAAAAUUACAAAACACCGACGAGCCUGAGUGCAAAAGCCGAUAAAUUUGUAAACGACUUACGAGAAAAACGAUUAAACAGACUGUACGCAGUCCUCUGAUAAAGUUUUUUUUAAAAAAUAUAAUUAUAGUUAAUAACGUUUUCAAUGUACUUAUUACGGAAAAUAUGUACGUGUUAAAUUAUAUAAAAUAUAGGUAAUUUGUUUAGAAAAUUAAUUCUAUUUAUAAAAAAAUCUAAGAACUACCUAUUUUAUAUGUGAAAAAAUCCAACUGAAUUGUCGAUUAAAAAAAAAAAAAUUGUACAUAAGGCCUCAUUCUACCAACGAUUUUAAUUGUGGUUAGCCAGCCAAUUUUAGACGGUUUAUGUCUUAGCGCUAAUUAAAAUCGUUGGUGAAAUCGGACUCACUCGUGUCGUUAAGUAUAAGCAACACAUUUAUACAGUCGCGUAAUGGUUUUCUAGUUUUUCAGGAUAAGGUUUACGUUGAUGCCUUUGUAUUUAAAGUAAUCAUAUAAUUUUUAAUUAUAAUAACUCCUUUAGACCUACCAGACCUCACUAUAUGCUCCGUACCAACUAUUUUUUAAACAUUUUUGUCAAAAAAUGUUUUUUUUUGGCCUUAGAGUUUUUUUUUUAAAUAACCAGUUACAUAAUAAUUAUAUAUAUUGGUAUAUAGAUUAAAUCUCGUUUACUAAAUGGU